AUGGCGUCGUCGAUCCCAAAGUUGAGCACAGCAGUACGACGGUUUCUGCCCACCAGUUGUGUUUUUGGGGCCCAGCAACACAGGAACAUGGUGCAUAGAAGCGUGCUGAAGCUUCCUGAUGACUACCCUGAUCCUUGGCCGUAUAAAGAACGAGGCUUCAACUAUAUUGAUGCUUUACGUGACAGAACUAAACCACAUUUCCAUCAAAACUCGAAGCUAAUAUCUACUCUUGCCGCGGAACUCGCGGACCAUCUUGGUUGUUACCACAUGCCUGAGUUUAAGAUGGAGGAUGUACUCAUUGAUCGAUACGGGAAUGAUUUGAGGAAGUUUUAUCACUUGGGUUGUCAAGGAGUUGUUUUGGAAAGAAGUCCAUAUUCCGAUUUCGUCUUUGUGAAUGCUAUGCGAAUCAAGAAUUUUAUAGGACAUGAGUAUUUCAAGCACUACUACUAUGUACGUAAAUGUGCUAUACCACAACUGCAUUUCUGGCCUCAUCUCGUCGUCUUUCUUGACACACCGGUCCAUAAAUGUCUUGAGAACAUCAAGGCUCGUAGAAAUGCUAACGAGAUUGCUGUUUUGGAUGAUCGGUAUUUGAAAGUAAUUGAGGAUUCCUACAAAGAUUCUCUUAAAGAAUACAGAAGACAUUCUAAAAUUCUGGCUUAUGACUGGACACGACCGGGCGACGCCGACACAGUUGUUGAAGAUAUUGAACGUUUGGAUUUGGAUUUCUUUGAAUGGCACUCCGGAGAUGUCAUGGAGGAGUGGUGCGAAAUAUUGGAUGAGGUCGGAUGGAUGGAGAAGCGGAUGCAUGUUACUUCGAAAGUAGAUGCCCGAAUUAACGCGUUCAGUGGAAUAGCUACGCACGAAGUUGGAGAACUCUACAUCAAUCCACGUGAUCAAGGACACUUCAUGUACGUUAUGCGCAAUGAGGUAUUGAAAUCACCAUAUGGUUAUGGCUAUAUCAGAGAGAAUGGAGAUGCUAUGAAGGGCAUGUUUAAUUGGAGAAUUCACCACGUACUUCCGGAACCUUGGUACGAGUAUUACUAUAAGGAAGCUUAUUAUGACGACAUUGGUUCGCUAGAGACAUCGUUGGAUGCUCAUUCACUAUUUUACAAUCCGGAUUACCUCCAUCAUCAUUAA